CUAAAAAGAGGAGUAACUACGAAGCAUUACUCCGUUUGCCAAGAGACGAGGUGGCCGGAUCGGCACUGCACGUCAGGCACGUCAACCGCAGUAACCCCACUGAACCGAGACUUCGAAAGUGGAAUAAUCAAGGGGAAGGCGGGACACGGACAAGAAGGCAAGGUUCCGCCGAGACAUCUGCGAGCAUUCAAAUAGACGGGCUGGCCCUCCUCGACACGGGAUUCACAGCUCCCAACCUCCAGAGCACUCCCGCCUGAACACCCCGGACAAGACAACCCGGAACACAAACAUACAUAGACCUACGGAGGACUCAAACAACUCCUCUACCUCGAGCACCUGAAAUAACAAGUCGGACACAACAAAAACAACCAUGGCUGCUCUCACCGAGAACCAGAUCGCCAUCGUCAAGUCGACGGUGCCGGUCCUCAAGGAGCACGGCGCCACCAUCACGACCGUCUUCUACAAGAACAUGCUCGGGGAAAAUCCCGAACUCAACAGCAUCUUCAAUAUCAGCAGCCAAGCCACCGGGCGGCAGCAGCGGGCCCUCGCCGGCGCCGUGCUGGGGUAUGCCACGUACAUCGACGACCUCCCCAAGCUGAAGGAUGCCGUCGAGCGCAUCGCCCACAAGCACGUCUCUCUGCAGGUGACGCCCGAGCAGUAUGACAUUGUCGGCAAGUACCUGAUCCAGGCCAUCGGCCAGGUCCUCGGGGACGCCGCCACCCCGGAGAUCGUCGACGCGUGGAUCGCCGCCUACGGCGCCCUCGCCAAGGUCUUCAUCAACCGCGAGGGCGAGAUGUACAAGGCCAACGAGGCCCACGGCUGGGUCGGGUGGCGCAAGUUCCGCAUCGCCCGCAAGGUGGCCGAGAGCAACGUCAUCACCAGCUUCUACCUUACCCCCGUCGACGGCCGCGUCCCGCUGCCCAAGUACUUGCCGGGCCAGUACGUGAGCCUGAAGGUGCCCGUCCCGCAGCUGGGCGAGGGCCGCCACCAGUGCCGGCAGUACUCGCUGAGCGAGGGCCCGUCGCCGGCGGGCGAGUACUACCGCAUCAGCGUCAAGAGGGAGGACGGCACGCCCGAGACCAACGUGCCGGGCCUCAUCUCGAACCUGCUGCACGCCAAGUACGCCGUCGGCGACGAGGUCGAGCUGUCGCACCCGCAGGGCGAGUUCUACGUCGACCCCUCUGACGCCUCCAAGGAGGGCGUCCCCGCCGUGCUCAUCUCGGCCGGCGUCGGCGCCACCCCGGUCAAGGCCAUGCUCGACAGCCUGACCGCCCCCGGCGCCGUGCGCCGCCCCGUCUCGUGGAUCCAGUCGGCCCGCUCGAGCGCCGCCCUGCCCUUCGGCGAGUCCGUCCGCCAGAUCUGCCGCGAACACGACAACGUGACGGCCAACGUCUUCCUGCGCAACCUCAGCCCGGACGACGCGGUCGGCGUCCACUACGAGUUCGGCGACAUGCGCCUCGACCUGGCCAAGCUGGACCGGGAGAGCCACCUGUUCGUGAACGACCCCAGGGCCGAGUACUCUGUCUGCGGCCCGGAGCCCUUCAUGCUCGACGUCCGCUCCGCCCUGGUCUCCCUCGGGGUUGACCGGAGCAGGAUCUUCCUCGAGCUGUUCGGGACCGGCGGGGUCUCCGAUUAAAAGGCUGGUGGAGUUGUCGAUUUGGUGCCAGGUCAAAAUCCCCUAGAAACGGCGGAACGGCGGACGGUAACUACUUACCUAGUUUAUGGGCGACAUGACAUGGGAUGGAUGUGGAGUAAUUAGGUGUUUCUGGAGCCAACGGGAUUUGUUUUUGAUGAUAUCGUUUCCUCAGCCGUUUGUUCUAGACGUCUUCGAGGGAACAUAGCGAGCGAUUCAUUGGUGUAAAUAGAUAUCAAACCAUACAGUUCUCUCUCCUCUCAUCCAAUAAUUAUAUAGCUGGACUAUCCCG